AUGGCUGGAACCCUCGGCCCAGUAGCUUCAGCGUUCAGCAUUUGCGCCAUGUCUCAACCGUGGCGGCAGCUGCUAGUACCAGGAGGGAAUAUCCAAACCGCUCCCAACGUCCCUAAUCCCUCGUGGCUGAAAAUUGUCAAUGCUGUCCAGCUUGCUAUCGCUGUCGUCUCCAACUUUGUCUUGUUCCUCAACAUGGCAAGAAGGGUCCGUUUUAGCAUAGCACAGCCGAUCACGAUAGUUGGAUGGUACAUUUCAGCUAUUCUGCGCAUUGUAAUGGGUGCCACUGCCGCAGGACCGCUCCUCGAAAGUCUGAACUUUCCAAAAAGUGAACUCAUCUGGUCUCAAGCAUUUUGGUAUGGCAUUUGGGCAGCCUUUCUCUACUUCGUGGAUGCUACACUUAUGGCUCUAACCUUUUGGGGUGCUUUAUCCGGUCGCUACGAAAAGGAAUUCACACUGACGUAUAAUCAACGUACUUUGAUGUUACAAACGAUCAUUUUUCUUUUUUAUCUCCUGUGUGGCGCUCGUGUCUAUUCUGCCGUGGAGGGCUGGGAAUAUCUAGAUGCCGUUUACUGGGCAGACGUCACAAUGUUCACAGCCGGCUUUGGUGACUAUGCCCCGAACUCUACUCUCGGCAGAGCUCUCCUGAUCCCUUAUGUUAUUUUCGGCAUUAUCAGUCUAGGGUUGGUAAUAGACUCGAUCAGGAAGCUAUUCCUCGACCGUGGAACACGCCGCUUUGUCAUCAGGACAGAGGAGAGGGCUCGGAGGAAGGUGGUUGGAACGAUGUUACGGAGCCAACACGAUGAACUGCUUCAACCCAUCUCGGCAAAGUCUCAGUCGACUGGAGCGAAGUCAAAUCAAGCACUCGCCUCCGAGUUUGAGCGGCGCAAAGCAGAAUUCAAUCUCAUGCGCAAGAUACAAAAGAAAGCAUUUACCCGGAGAAGAUGGAUGGUGAUGACCACGUCUACGAGUUUAUGGCUCGCCCUGUGGCUGAUAGGUGCCCUCGUCUUCAUGGAGGCCGAGGCACCAUAUCAAGGCUGGACAUAUUUUGAUUCAUUCUAUUUUUCGUUUGUGUCCUGGACGACUAUCGGAUAUGGUGACCUUACGCCGGUCUCUAAUGCCGGAAAGUCAUUCUUCGUGUUUUGGUCCUUGUUGGCCUUGCCCACCAUUACGAUGCUCAUCUCGCAUGCUGGCGAUACAGUGGUCAAGAUCAUCCGAUAUGGCAGCCUUCGAUUGGGGAACAUCACAAUUCUUCCAGGUGAUGAGAGUUUUAUGGGCAAUUUGCAGCACAUAAUCAGUAUAGGCACAUUUGGAUGGAUCUUUCCAGACCAUUUCGAUUCUGCAUCACCGGAAAUUGCCUCAUCCGAAUCCUUUUCGAAGCAGAGACUAGAUGACUUCAUGUCCAAACACGAAGCUGAGCUUGGUGACACGGAGGCAGCCUCAUAUACGGCUGGCCAUCGAAAAGCCUCAAGGAGACACCACAAAAGACAUGCGAAGGCACCAGCAGACCACCAGAAACAUGCACAAUUUCGUAAUGCUCAUGACGAACUUCCCACUGGGACAAACUUCCACUUUCUUCUCAUCUCAGAGAUACAGGUCAUUGCUAAUCAUCUUAAAGAGUCCACACCUCAUCGGUACACUUUUGAGGAAUGGGCCUGGUAUCUCAAGCUUAUGGGAGAAGACGAACGUGAACCGAGGACACACUGCAACGUCACCUUGCCGAUGAAGAAGCGCGAAUCAGAAGACCAAGGCUUGGAUAAGCAGAAGUUGGUGUGGUCGUGGGUUGGUGACCGAAAUCCUCUACUAAGCCUUCAAAUUGAGAGCGAGUGGAUAUUUGAUAGGUUGACGGAGAGGCUUAGGGAGUCUUUGCUGGCGGAAAGAAGAGGGCAACUGUUGAGCGGCGCUGGCGGUGAUUAA